CAUAAAUACAUCUCUGAAUUUAGUCUCUGACUUGGGUAUAAAAAUAGACAUAACUAGAAACAAUAAAUAAAUAAUUAGUAUUUAAAAUAGAAAUGGCAGGUUUAAAAAGGAUUAUUGGCUUAUCUUUCAUUCUAGCUUGGGGAUUUUUACUUGUCAUUUUGUCGGGAGCAUUAUAUCAGAAUUGGUGGCCAUUGUUCGUUGUUGCAACUUUUGUUUUAGCUCCGCUACCGAAUUUCAUUUUCUCGAAAUGUGCUAGCGGCGAUGAUUUAUAUUACUUUAAUGAACAAUCAAACAAUGGACCUAAAGAUUUUGGCAAGUUUUUGACAUCUAUUCUAGUUGUUUCUGGAAUUGCUUUACCAAUUAUCUUGGCUCACAUUGAAGUGAUAGAAUUUGCUGCAAUGUUAAUGAGCGUUUCAGGGGGAUUUCUGGUUUAUUUUACAAUUCUUGCUUAUUCUUAUUUUUUUUCUGAAGAGAAUGAAUAUUAAUAAAUAUGGACUAUAAUUUUUAUUUAUUUUUUUUUUGUUUUUAUAUGUUAAUAUAAAUUUAUAAAAAAAAAAGGAGUUGAUUCAAAAGGUUAAUGAUUUUUGCCCAAUUUU